CAUGCAGCAGCCAAAACACUGAACAGGAUAAACAAAGAACACCGAAAAUACAGAGGAAAAAACAAAGCAAGAAUAAUACUAAUGUUAUUCUCACUCUAGUAUAAAGGGCCUAUUUUGGGAGCAGUAGCAAAGUGUGAGAAUAGGUAAGAGUAAGUGAACUUUGUCUACUCUAAGGUCUAGACAAAAUUAUAGAGGUUUAGAGUAGAUGGAUGGCCAUAGCAGCACUUCUGACCACUUCAACUCUGCUGGAAGUAUUUGGAAUUGAUGUUGCAAGUUCCACGUUUGUAAGUAGCAUAGGGAGAGGAGACUGCCUCCACGCUAAGUGGUCUGUGUCUUUUAGAGCAUCUAAACUGCAACUAUUGUGGUUUUGUUGCUUUGUGAACCCAUUUCUAGACAAUACAUGCAAUGUCUGGCAAAAUGACUGUGUAUGUGUGAGCAGGAAACAGAGACGGUUUCAGAGCGAGAGAGUGAGGGAGAAACAGAGCGGUAUUGUAUAUGCGUAUGAGAGAAGAGAGUUAGUUAGAGGGAAAGAGAGAGGGUAACCAUUUGUGCCUGGGAGAGAGGGAACGAAGGAGAGAGACCAUAUAUGUACUGUAUGUCUAUAUGUGAGUAUUUGAAAUGGGGGGAUGCAUAUGUCUGUGUGAGACAGAAGGAGAGGAGGGAGAGAACGUAUAUCCUCUGGCCCUUGGCGAGUGUGCGUGAGGCUGAAUGGGAGCCAGGAAAAGGGGAAGGGCCUCGUGUCCGCUGACAAAAACAGCUGCCUGAGAGUACGCAGGAAAACAGUGUCUGGUAGAGUAUAGGGAGCAGGGGACAGGGAAAGAGAGGACAGGAGAGAAAGAGAGCACCAGGGCCCACAUCUCUAUAUGGGUUGCGCCCUGAGUGCGGAGCCUUGCUGUGGGGAGGAAGUGAAGCCUGUGCCCUUAGUGAGAGGGUCACUGAAGCGCCGAGGUCCAGAGAGAUCCAACAGCGUCAAGAUGAAGCUGACCAAGACAGGCAAGGAAGAGCCCCAUGUCUUCAAGGAGAAGACCUUUAGGAAGAGGCGUCAGUGUGGGGUGUGUCGUCAGAGUGUGGACAGCACAGGGUCCUUCUGUCGAGUGUGUAAAACAGCCACUCACAAGAAAUGCGAGGCAAAGGUGACCACAGCAUGCAUCCCAGCUCCAUCUGAUCUGCAGCGCAGAGGGACAGCUCCAUCCCGACACGUCCAACACCUGGGUUCCACAAAGUCUCUGACUUACACCAAACAGAGGACCACCCUCCCCAGGAGUUUCAGUGUGGACCGUGUGAUGGAAAGAGUCAUGGAGGGCCACUAUGACUUUGACCUGACCUACAUCACUGAGAGGAUUAUCUCCGUGUUCUUCCCCCCUCUGCUGGACGAGCAGCGCUACCGUCUCAACCUCAAGGAGGUGACUGCCAUGCUCAGGUCCAAGCACCAGGACAAGUUCCUGCUCUUCAAUCUCUCUGAACGACGCCAUGACAUCACCCGCAUGAAUCCAAAGGUCCAUGACUUCGGGUGGCCUGAUCUCCAUGCCCCUCCCCUGGACAAGAUCUGUGCCAUGUGUAAGGCCAUGGAGACCUGGCUGACCUCCGACCCCCAGCAUGUGGUAGUCUUGCACUGCAAGGGCAACAAGGGCAAGACAGGAGUGAUUAUUGCAGCCUACAUGCACUACAGCAAGAUCUCUGCAGGGGCAGACCAGGCCCUUAGCACACUGGCCAUGAGGAAGUUCUGUGAGGAUAAAGUCUCGUCCUCCCUCCAACCGUCCCAAAACAGGUAUAUCUACUACUUUGGGGUCCUCUCUGGGGCGAUCAAGAUGAACAGCAACCCACUGUUCCUCCACCAGGUCCUCAUUCCCACACUCCCUAACUUCCAGGGCGAAGGAGGUUACUUUCCCUUCCUGAAGAUCUACCAGUCCAUGCAGCUGGUCUACACCUCAGGGAUAUAUGACUUGCAGGGUUCCGGGGGCCGAAGACUGUGUGUGACCAUUGAGCCUGCAUUGCUGCUGAAGGGAGACAUCAUGGUGAAGUGUUACCACAGACGGGCCCAGAGUGCAGAGAGGGACACAGUGUUCAGACUGCAGUUCCACACCUGCACCAUCCACGGGGCACAGCUGUGGUUCGGCAAGGGGGAGCUGGAUGAGGCCUGUACUGAUGAACGAUUUCCCUCGGAUGCAACUGUAGAGUUUGUCUUUUCAUCUGGACCAGAGAAGAUCAAAGGGCGUGAGUACCAGAGGAAUGACCCUGCUGUCACAGUGGACUACAACACAGCUGACCCAGUGGUGCGCUGGGACUCCUAUGAGAACUUCAACCAGCGCUACCAGGACAGUCUAGAAGACAUAGCCCACACCAGGGGUCCAGUGGAUGGCAGUCUGUACGCCCAGAUAAAGAAACGUCGUUCAGGCCCAGGUUCAGGCUCCCUGACCUCCACCAAUGGGAGUCCAGCAGGCACCAGUGAGGAGAGGCCGAGUCAGAACCAGCUCCUCUCCCCUAGCUCUGACUCUCUCAAUCACUCCGGCCUCACUAGCCACUCCGGCCACUCUUCCCACUCUACGGCCCAUCCAGAAGAGCCCAGAAGGCCCCCGCCCCCCACUCGGCAGGAGAGGGAGGAGCUGGAGCGCCUGCUGGGGGGCAUCGAGGGGGAAAGGGACGACCGAGACAGGGAGAGGGAGACUGCCAUCCUGGAUGACGGGGACUCGUCCUCUCCCUCUGAGCGUACAGGUACCCUGAGGCUGGGCCGCUCCUGUUCCUGCCGGGUGGGCUACCGCUCCCAGCACUGUGCCGAGCCCGGUUGUGACCGACUCCACCUCAUGCCCAACAGCUACUGCCUGGACAGAGCCCCGGGCACCAAUGGUCAUCCUGGGGCACCGCCCUCGGCUAACCCUGCCACCGCCCCCUCACACAUGGACCUGUGCCAGCACUACAGUCCGCACCCUCACCCGGCCCUGCCUCCCCCUGAUCUGGUGUGGGACCGCCAGCAGGGCCCGCCACAUUACCUGCACCGCUCCUGCUCUGAGGGACCCUCUUAUCACCCCUCUCUGUGCCCCUAUCCAUCCCAGGAGCUGACCCCUCACCCCCACUCCCACACCCUUCCUCCCGGGCGCCUGCUCUGUAGAAGUGAUGACUAUGGUCCAUACCAUCACCCUCCCUCACACACCCAUCACCACCCUCACCACACCAAGUCCUCCGGCCCCUACCACGACAUGCUGCUGCUGGACGGUCUGCCGCCCCCUGGCUGCCCCUGCCGGGACUGCCUCAUCAGGAGGGAGGACUCAGCCUUCCGCGGUCUGCGGCUGGAGCGAGGAGAGAGCUUCCACUGGGACAGAGAGGCAGAGCUGCAGCAUCGCGAAGCAGGGCUGAGGAGGGGGAGGGAGUCUGAGCUGCCCAGGGGGGUAGAGAUGCACUGGGAGAGGGAGGCAGUGGGACUGAGAAGAGGCAGGGAGAUGUCACUGCAUUGGGACAGGGAGGCAGAGCUCCAAUGGGAGAGAGAGAGAGAGGCAGACUAUUGGCACAGGAGGGCCACAGUGUCUUCCUAUGGGCCCCAGGGACACGAGCUCCCUGCCUUCACUUUUGACCCCCUGCCGUCAGGCCACCCUGCGUACCCAGAGCCGUCUCGCUCCCACGCCCACUCCCACCUGGAUCUGAAGUACAGCAGCAGCAGCAGUGGCUACCAGACCCCCCACCAGGCCUACCCCUGCUCCCCCUACCAGCCUUCCCCCUCUGAAAGUAGGGGCUAUGCCUCAGGCUACCAGUCUGAGUCUACCUCCCCUUUGCCCCCUCCUUCCACCCUGUCAGGCCCCUGCAGCCACACCACAGGGCCAGCAGACCACCACCCUGAAGCCCACCCUCAGCAGUACCUCUCCGACAGCCAGACAGAUGGAAGGGGGAUGAGUGAGAAUGUGGGUUGGAGAGACCACAUCUCCCAGGGUUCCUUCAAGAGGAUGCAUCGAGAUGUCCAUGUCCCGUGUUCCACGCCUUAUGACCGCUCUGGGCCACCCACUCCUGUUCAUACCAGCAGCCCUCUGCGCACACAAGAAAGGCCCAGUCUAGGUGUACAAGGGAAUGAAGUUCGAUCGACUGACAUAGUCAACAGUGACUUUGAAUCUGCCCAGUCCCAGGAUAGGCCCGAUGGUACUGCUGCUCAAGUAUCUCAGCUCAACCAGCAACACAUCCCUGACCCCUCACAGUCUUCAUCCGUGACACCCACACCUUCCCCUACCCAACUCAACAGCCACUGCACCACACCGACACAUCCACCCUCACCCAACCAGCCCCAGCCCCAGAACGACUGUACCACACUCUCACCUACAACCAGCCAACCCAGCAACCACUGCCUCCCCGUAUCACCCACUCAGGCCCCCCCUGAGAAAGUUAGCCCACCUGGUCCAGAGACAACCCUUCCUACAGAGACUGCUGCACUGCCUCCUCUUGCCCAGCACCAGCCACCCCUUGCCCAGCACCAGCCACCCAACCCCAACUCUGCAGCUGGCACAACGGGACCCUGCCCAGCUCAGGGCCAGCUGAAUGGAGCAUGUCCACCCAGGGAGCUGAACCCAGAGGUCCCUAAAUCCAUCUCCACCCCCACUAAGGCCCCUUCCUCCCCCCAGCCUCUCAUCAGCAGUCUGGAGGGCUCCCCCUCCUCAGAACCUCCUGUGCCUGGCUUCGCCACCCUGGGCCGGAGGCUUAUGCUGGGCACUGAGUCCCCAGGACCCCUGCAGCAUUACCCUGGCAUGGAGGGCAGUGCCAGUGGGCACUCUUCAGCCCCUGAGGGACAUGACACCCCCACCUUCCCCACCGGCUGCUGUGCCCAAUCUGCCCCCCAUGUGCCAUACUCAGGCUACACUGCUGUCACCAUCCCCCAGCCCCCACUCCCAGAGAAACGGCGGCAGUCUGCCCGGCCAGGAUCACCUAACGGCGGGGUGGGUACACUGAGGCCCUCCCUCUCACAGCACCAUGUCACCUUCUCUCCAAUGGUGGGGGAGAUGGCACCUCCUGCAGGCCAAGGAGAAGGAAUUAUAUCUCUGGAAGGAGAGAUGGCAGGCAGAGUCAGUGUUAAGUUUGUCCAGGACAGCUCACGCUUCUGGUACAAGCCUGGCAUCUCCAGGGACCAAGCCAUAGCUGCGCUGAAGGAGAGAGAACCAGGGGCGUUUCUUAUCCGGGACAGCAACUCCUUCCAGGGUGCCUAUGGCCUGGCACUGAAGGUGGCCAUCCCGCCCGCUAACGUCAACAACCACAGCAGCAAAGCCAAUCCAUUAGAGCAGCUGGUGCGACACUUCCUGAUUGAGACGGGGCCCCGUGGAGUGAAGAUUAAAGGGUGUCAGAAUGAGCCCCAUUUUGGGAGUUUGUCUGCAUUGGUGUACCAGCACUCCAUCACCCCCAUUUCUCUACCCUGUUCCCUACGGAUCCCAGAAAAAGAUCCCAUUGGAGAAAUGCAGGCGCUGCAGUCGACUGCCAGUAACAUGAGCACUGCUGCCGACCUGCUGAAACAGGGUGCAGCCUGCAACGUGCUCUACCUGAAUUCUGUGGAGACUGAGUCACUGACAGGACCACAGGCCAUCUCCAAGGCAACCGGAGCCACGCUGGCACGAAACCCCCAGCCAGCGGCCACAGUGGUCCACUUUAAAGUGUCUUCACAGGGUAUCACACUGACUGACAGCCAGCGCAGGGUGUUCUUCAGGAGACACUACCCAGUCAACAGUGUGACUUUCAGCAGUAUCGACCCCCAGGACAGGAGGUGGACUAAUUCAGACAGAACAACAUCUAAGGUGUUUGGGUUUGUAGCCAAGAAGCCAGGCAGCAUGGCAGAAAACGUGUGUCAUCUGUUUGCUGAGCUCGACCCGGAGCAGCCAGCCUCUGCCAUUGUCAACUUCAUCAACAAGGUGAUGUUAGGGCCGCAGCGCAGGUAGAGAACCAAGCCAAAGACCCGUCACCAGUGUUACACUGUCAACAGUGUUACAACUCCCAAAGAGGAGGCUUCAAAACAAAUGCUUUACAGACCCACAAAGCACCAUUGGCGGUGGCCUCUUCUUAAAGACUGAGUUUUGGAACCAAAAGGCUCAACAUUUCAAACAUGACUGGCAUUUUGAAUUACCGUAAUUGCUGGACUAUUAAGCGCAACUGAAUAUAAACCGCACCCACUGAAUUAUUAAAAAAUAUGUAUUUUGUACAUAAAUAAGCCGCAUAUGUCUAUAAGCCGCAGGUGCCUACCGGUACA